AGGGUAAAAGAAGAGACUGCCAUAUUGCAGUGAUACAGCGAGUUUAUCGGACGGACGGAAGCUACUAUUCCGUCGGCUUUCUGUAACAAAGAUGCUUUCUUCUCAGAGUUUUGGAGAUUCCGGGAGGAUGAAAGAUUAUCAUUACACCGGUCCAGUAGAGCACAAGUUCUCACCAUACGCUUUCAACGGAGGAACUGUACUAGCCGUUGCUGGGGAAGAUUUUGCCAUCGUAGCUUCAGACACCAGGCUGAGUGAAGGCUAUUCAAUCCACAGCCGGGACUCCCCGAAAUGCUACAAGCUGACAGACACAACUGUCAUUGGCUGCAGUGGUUUCCAUGGAGACUGCUUGACUCUGACUAAAAUCAUUGAUGCCAGACUAAAGAUGUACAAACACUCAAACAAUAAGUCAAUGACCAGUGGAGCCAUUGCAGCCAUGUUGUCCACCAUCCUGUACGGCAGGCGGUUCUUCCCUUACUAUGUCUACAACAUCAUUGGAGGCCUGGAUGAAGAGGGCAAGGGAGCGGUGUACAGCUUUGACCCAGUGGGCUCCUACCAGAGAGACACCUACAAGGCCGGAGGAUCAGCCAGUGCCAUGCUACAGCCACUACUAGACAACCAGAUUGGUUUCAAGAACAUGGAAGGUGUGCAACAUGUUCCCCUGACCCAGGACAAGGCGGUUCAGCUGGUCAAAGAUGUCUUCAUCUCUGCCGCAGAGAGAGACGUCUACACCGGAGAUGCACUUCGGAUCUGUGUCAUCACUAAGGAGGGCAUCAAUGAGCAGACUAUACCACUGAGGAAGGACUGAGGAGGAGAGAUGAUGUUUCCAUCUGUCUCUCGUUUCCUUUUUGGUGUUCUUUCCAUAUUCACCCUGCUGGUUUGGCCCAUUUACAUCAGGUUUCUUAGAAUAUGAGCAUUGAUCCAGUAGUUCGUUAAAAUGGCCUCUUUAAUGUGGCUUUAACUGGAGAGCUGAUUUUUUCCAUUUUUUUUUUAUAUCCAUUCAAAGUCUACAUUCAUUUAAAAGUGAUGCGUUUCUCCUGCUUUCCAGUUAUUCCACUCACAUUGUUGCAUCCUUUCACAUCCUUGUUUAUGUGGCCUAGCGCCUGAUUCUGGAUCAGCACUCCUGUUCUGAGAAACCGCCUCUUCAGACACCCAAGCCUCUGCCUCUGUUCAGAUAUUUGUGCUCUGCUUUUCUUUUUACAUUCUUAAUAAAUGUAGAGGAUUGAAAAAUCUGC